AUGGAUAGACGACACAAGAUUAUGAAAAAUAGAAAUCCUGUUGAAGAGGCCAACCUUUUUGUCUAAAUUAUUUUUUCUAUAUAUGUUUCCUAUAUUUAAGAACACUUAUCAAUAUGAAUUCUCAGAUGAAGAUCUAUUUAGACCAUUGAAAGAACAUACUUCCAGCAUUCUAGGCGCUCAGUUAGAAAAAACUUGGAAAGAAGAAUUCGUUAAACAUAAAAUAACUGCAUUGCAUAGAGCGUUGUUUAGGAUGUUUGGAUUUAAGUUUGUGUUAUUUGGUAUUAUUAAGCUGGUAGAUCAGUUGAUGUUAAUAGUUGUAAUUCCAUUGUGCAUAGGAAAACUGGUCACUUUCUUCGAGGCUUCUCCAGCAAGACUAUCAAAACGAGAAGCUUACUUUUACGCUGGUGGACUUGUGAUGUGUAUGUUUACAGAUGCACUUCUAAUUCAUUCAGCAUAUAUGGGACUCCAGCAUAUAGCUAUGAAAAUAAGAGUUGCUUGCAGUUCUUUAAUCUACCGAAAAGUACUGAAAUUUAGCCAUGCUGCUCUAAUAAAUACAACUGUGGGACAGCUAGUGAACUUGUUAUCAAAUGAUGUUAGUAAGUUUGACGAAGUUUUCGACAUAGUUCAUUUUGCAUGGAUAGGACCUAUUCAAGUAGCUGUAGGAACUGGGCUGCUGUAUAGAGAAAUCGGAAUGGGGGCGUUAUGUGGAGUUUCUUUUUUGGUGCUCUUCGUUCCUCUCCAAAUUUGGCUGGCCCACAAAAUUUCCGUUCUUCGUUUAAGAACAGCUUUGAGAACCGACGAAAGGGUUCGAUUAAUGCAUGAACUUAUUUCUGGAAUCCGAGUUAUUAAGAUGUACUGCUGGGAAAAACCUUUCUCUAAGCUGAUCAACUUGGCUAGAAGGAAUGAAGUUAAAGCCAUCAUGUUUCACUCCUACCUGAUAGGAAUAAUCUUUUCCUUUGAAAUAUUUAUCUCUAGAACAUCAAUAUUUAUCAGCAUAUUAGGAUACGUUAUGUUUGGCAAUUACGUGACUGCUGAAAGGGUGUUUGCCGUUACUGCCAUUUAUAACUGUAUGCGACCAAUAAUCACAAUGUUGUUUUCUUUGAGUGUUUCUGCAUUGGCUGUGAUUAAUAUCUCCAUACUAAGACUACACAAUGUGCUUAAAUUUGAAGAAAUUGAGUCGAUAAGGAAUGACUUGGUGGUGAAUGAUCAAAACAGAAAACUUAGUGAAGAAGCACAUCUCCCUAGGAUAGUAUUUAACAGUGUUUGUGCCAAAUGGGUAGAUGAAGCUACGGAAGAUACCUUGAUUGAUAUAAGUUUUGAUGUAUCACCUAGUAUGUUGGUAGCAAUCAUAGGUCCUGUUGGAAGCGGAAAAACCAGUAUUCUCAACGUUAUCUUGGGAGAGUUACCUAUAAAGUCAGGAAUAUUAGAAGUAGUCGGAAGCAUAUCGUAUGCUCCUCAAGAACCAUGGUUAUUUGCUUCCACUGUUAGAGAUAAUAUACUUUUUGGAGAAAAGUACGUGGAAAUACGGUAUAAGGCUGUAGUAGACAUGUGUGCUUUAACUUCUGACUUCAAUGUAUUACCUUAUGGAGAUGGAACGUUAGUUGGAGAAAGGGGAAAUGCUUUGAGUGGAGGCCAACGAGCAAGAAUCGGCUUAGCGAGGUGUGUCUACAAAAAUGCUGACAUAUAUCUUUUGGACGAUCCUUUAUCUGCAGUUGACGCUAAAGUUGCUAGAAGUCUUUACGAUAAAUGUAUCAAACUAUUUUUAUCAGACAAAAUCUGUUUGUUAGUAACACACCAGCUUCAGUUCCUUAAAACCGCCAAUAAAAUUAUAAUUCUUAAAGAUGGAGAAAUCAAAAUGAUUGGAAGUUAUAGUGAUCUCAAAAACAGUGAUCAAGAUUUUGUUAAAGUGAUAGAAUCUAUUCAAUAUGAAGAUGUAGUUGAUGUGGAAAAGAAAAAAAUUAGAUCUCGUCAAUCUAGUUUCUUAGUAGACGAUAUUUAUGAUGAAGUCGAAGAUAUCGAAGAAGAAGUUUUUAUUAGCGGUAAAAUUAAACUGGAAACCUAUAUGUCCUAUUUUAAGGCUGGUGGUACUAUAGCAACAGUAUCUUUGCUAAUUUUUCUGUUUAUUAUUUGCCAGGUAUUUGCCAAUGGUGGAGAAUAUUUUUUGUCUUAUUGGGUUAAUCUAGAACAAGAAUUUACAAGAAGGCAAACAGGAUCCAAUAAUAGAUAUUUAAAUAAAUCACUAGACAGAACUAAAAUUGUUACAUACUAUUCAAUAUUGACAGUGGGUACAAUAAUAAUAGCUGUUAUUAAAUCUGUGUAUUUUAUGACGUUUCUGACCAUUGCUUCACGAAAUUUACACAAUUUGAUGUUCUCAAAAAUAAUCAACGCUACCAUGAACUUUUUUGACAACAAUCCUUCUGGUAGAAUACUAAAUAGGUUUUCGAAGGAUUUGGGCACUGUGGAUGAAUAUUUACCAUCAAUUUUGGUAGAUGUUAUUGAGAUCGGUUUAUUACUUCUAGGAGUACUUACUUUGUCUUCUAUAGUAGAGCCGUAUUUAUUGAUUGUGUCGGCGUUUCUGUUACUAGUAUUUUAUCUAAUGAGAUUGAUUUAUAUAGAGACCAGUCGAAAUGUUAAGAGAAUAGAAGCUGUAAAUAAAAGCCCCAUGUUUAGCCACAUGUCAUCUACCAUGUAUGGUUUGGACACUAUUAGAGCAUUUUCUGCGGAAAAUAUGUUAAUCCAGCAAUUCGAUGACCUGCAAGAUAUUCAUAGUUCAGCUUGGUACAUAUACUUGGCGUCCGGAAAAUGUUUUGCACUGUGGUUGGACUUGGUGUGUGUAUUUUUCAUAGCUAUUGUCGUGUUUACUCUUUUACUAGUCAACAGAGGUUUGUAUGGUGGAGAUAUGGGUUUGGUAAUUACUCAAUAUCUAAGCCUCAUGGGUUCCCUACAAUGGGGAAUGCGACAAUGGACUGAACUUGAAAAUAACAUGACAUCAGUUGAAAGAAUAUUGGAUUACACAAAACUAGAAACUGAGCCUACUAGAACAAAACCACCAAUAAUACCAGCCAACUGGCCUGAAUAUGGCGAAAUUGAAUUCAAAAAUGUGUUUUUGAAGUACGGUGAGACAGACCCAUAUGUCCUUAUGGAUUUAAACUUCCUGGUGAAACCAGGAGAAAAAGUGGGGAAUAGUAGGAAGAACAGGAGCAGGGAAAUCUUCGACUAUCGGGGCUUUGUUUCAGUUAUAUCCUUUAGAAGGAUCGAUACUUAUAGAUGGACUGGAUAUUACACGAAUACCUGUGGAUAUAAUCAGGUCGAGGAUUUCUAUAAUUCCGCAAGAGCCGGUUUUAUUUUCAGGCUCCAUGCGGCAAAACCUAGACCCUCUUAACCACUAUAGUGAUGAGAUACUGUGGGAUGCUCUAGAUCAAGUUGAAUUAAAAGAAGUUCUUGAAGAGUUUCCGUCUGGCUUAGACACUAUGGUUUCAGAAAACGGACACAACUUUAGUGUUGGCCAAAGGCAGUUAGUUUGCUUAGCGAGAGCUUUAAUAAGAAAUAAUAAAGUUUUGGUGUUAGAUGAGGCUACUGCCAGUGUUGAUCCUCAUACGGAUGCAUUUAUUCAGAGCACCAUCAAAGAGAAGUUUGCUGAUUGUACGGUGAUAACAGUAGCUCAUAGGUUACACACGGUGAUGGAUUCAGACCGAAUUCUGGUAAUGAAUCGUGGAACCGUUGAAGAAUAUGAUCAUCCUUAUAUUUUGCUACAGUCAGAACAUGGUUUUUUGAGGACAUUGGUAGAUGCUACUGGAAGUACUACAGCUAAGCAUUUGGAACUGACUGCUAAAGAG